CGGGCGUCCGAGCCGGCGGCCAGCAGCCCCGCUAGGCGCCUGCCGCGAGCCGCGGCCCGGCUCCGGCUGCCGAGAGGCCGGAAGAGGCCUUAAAGGACACUUUUGCCUGAUAGAAUGGAUGAGCAGUCACAAGGCAUGCAGGGGCCCACAGCUCCGCCAUUUCAGCCACAGAAAGCCUUGCGACCUGACAUGGGCUAUAAUACACUUGCCAAUUUCCGAAUAGAGAAAAAGAUUGGCCGUGGCCAGUUCAGUGAAGUUUACAGAGCAACCUGCCUGUUGGAUGGGGUACCAGUAGCACUGAAGAAGGUUCAGAUAUUUGAUUUAAUGGAUGCCAAAGCCCGUGCUGACUGCAUCAAAGAAAUAGAUCUUCUAAAGCAACUGAAUCAUCCAAAUGUAAUUAAGUACUAUGCAUCAUUCAUUGAAGACAACGAACUGAACAUAGUGUUGGAAUUAGCUGAUGCUGGGGAUCUCUCAAGAAUGAUAAAGCAUUUUAAGAAACAGAAGAGGUUGAUUCCUGAAAGAACUGUUUGGAAGUACUUUGUCCAGCUUUGCAGUGCGUUGGAACAUAUGCAUUCUCGUCGUGUUAUGCAUAGAGAUAUAAAGCCAGCUAAUGUGUUCAUUACAGCUACAGGAGUAGUAAAGCUUGGAGAUCUUGGACUUGGCCGAUUUUUCAGUUCGAAAACCACAGCUGCUCAUUCUUUAGUUGGUACACCUUAUUAUAUGUCUCCGGAGAGAAUACAUGAAAAUGGUUACAACUUCAAAUCUGACAUCUGGUCUCUGGGCUGCCUGCUGUAUGAGAUGGCUGCACUGCAAAGUCCCUUUUAUGGUGAUAAAAUGAACUUGUACUCGCUGUGCAAGAAGAUAGAGCAGUGUGACUAUCCACCUCUCCCUUCAGAUCACUAUUCAGAAGAACUGCGACAAUUAGUUAAUAUGUGCAUCAACCCGGAUCCGGAGAAGCGACCAGACAUAACCUAUGUCUAUGAUGUAGCGAAACGUAUGCAUGCACACACUGCGAGCAGCUAAACAGACAUCAGAUCCCGAAGAUCAGAAAUGUUCAAGUAUUUUAAAUAAAUCAUCCCACCUCUUUGCAUUACAGAAAUGUAAUUAUUUGAAGCUUACUGUUGUGCUUUGUAAACCCAUUUAUAUACGAACGUCAAUGUUUUAUUUUAUUUUUUACUUUUUACCAACUUGCAGUUUUAACAGAUUUAAAUAUGUAAAGCAUAACUUCAAAAGAUACUGAGAGCUGCUGUUUUCCACAUUAAGUGAGUUCAAGGAUGUUUUCUUUACCAAUGAAUGGGUUCAGUUGGGCCUCAGUUCUAAAACACGGUUGCACUUUUGCACAGGAUACAGAUAUUAGGCUUAUGUAUAAGCAAAAUGUCUGAAUCUCUCACCUUUUUAGUAAUUUAUAGGAAAUAUGAAUCUGCACAGUUAUGUUUAUUUUAAUCUUAGUUCUAAAGGGGUAUAAUUAUUAUAGAAGGUUACUGUAUUUUAUACCGAAUUAUAGUUUGCAGUUCUCAGCACGUGAGUAGACAGAUGACAUGAUUAGUUCUGUGCUUGCCAAACGUGACGCAAAAAUAGUUAGUGGAAAAAAACCAUACACUGAAAUUGUUUUAACGUCCCUUUUCAUUUUGCUAUUCUGUCAUAAUGCACAUAAAAUGUCUGUUGGAGGUUUUAUGGGAGAAUUUAAGGUGUUGAUUCUGCAGUUUGAUCAUUUUCAAUAGCCUUGUACAGCACAGCCCUGGGGCAAUGUGAGUGUGCAUAGCUGAGUGUUAAAACCAUGCAGAUGCUGCUUGUAGCGGAUAGUGUUCUUUUGAGGCUAACAUGUAUUAGAAGAUCUGAUUAAAAGAUGCGAUCUUUAAGUUACCAGUUUCUAUUCCUGUAAAUGUCACUGUUUGUAGACUUUUGUAUUUAAAAUAAUUUGACCUUCCAAUACUGUAUUUAAAAAUGCUUUUAAAAUACCAAAAUCUUUUUGGAAAAUAUAUAGCUGUGUACUAAAGCACAAUAUAUUCUUCACAGAUAUCAGAUUUUGUAUAUCGUAUCCUAAGAAGUAGCUUUAUAUUUAGCAAAAGUAAAUUUUAGCAUUUAUGUUUCAAAGAAAGUUGCCACUUAUUUCGGAAAUAAUUAUUGAUGCAAAGUACUUCAUUAUUUGAAAGGAGAUUCACAGUAUUGUGUUAAAACCUCUCUGGUGUGCUUAAUAAUGUUUUCAUUGUUAAAGGAAAAAGGGAGUUCAAAAAUAGAGAUAGGUCUCAAAUUUCUUGAAUAUCAAGACUAAACACUUUGAGAAUACACAACUGUCAAAACAGAGUUCUUACCAAUGAGAUUGCUAAGAAGUUGCUACUGACAGUUAAACCUUUUUGUUAUGUGGGUAAAAAGAAGUUAGUUUAGAGAAAAUAGCAAUACAUAUAUCCACACAACACAGUUCCUAGAUGUAGUCAGUUCCCUACACUUUUUGUUCUGUUGUUUUUUUUCUCUGUGCAGCGUUUUAUUAGAUGUAAUGCCCAAAGAAUAUCCAAAUGUGGGAAAUCUGGAGUUAGGUCAGCUGUGCUUAGAGUAGGUGGUUGGUUUUUUUGUUUUUGUUUUGUUUUGUUUUGUUUUGUUUUUUUUUAAAUUAGAAAUACUGUGGAAAUUCUGUAUGCUAAAAUGUAGGAGUUUUUAAACAGUGUGUGCCACGUCUUCAUCUUAGUACAUUGUAUUUCUGUUGUUGUUUUAAUUUCCAAACUUGGUAGGACAAGUCUUUAAUUUUCCUUCUUGCUGCCAUAUUUACUUGAUUCAGUCUUGUAGGACUCCAGUGGAACAAUGUACAGGAAGAAAGUGUUUCAGAAACCUUGGUUUGUGUUUAAAAACCUCUGUAUUUCCAUUUGUGUAUUAUCUGAUAACUGUGUUUUAAACAAAUGAUGGUUAUAUUCUAGUUCAGAUGUCAGAGUGAAAUGGUUUGUAUUGACAAAGGCAGCACAGUACUUGCUUGACUGCUGCGAUUAGUUUUUAAGAUGCACAAGUAUUCCAGUCGUUCUCUGAAAUGGGCUAGAAUAUUGCAAAGUCACUGACAAAAAACCAACUCAAUCAGGCUAUCUGCAUCUCAUAUCAUGCAUCAAGUAUUAUUACUUUGCCUGAAAGUAACCAAUGAUAGAUUAUUUUUUUUUUUCAUUUUCUGGAAGGAUAUGCGGAGUAAAGAAACGAUGAGUUAAAAGUUAGCAAAUGUUUCAUUGGUGUGGGUGUGGAUUUUUUGUAUUGCUGAUUAAAUUUUGUGCUGAGUAAACGAAGUAGUUGUUUCUGUUUUUAAAACUGUAGAAUAAAUGGUACAAAUGACUCGGGUACCGAGGUUUGUAUUUGAGAAGUCUGUAUGGGUUAACAGAAUUGCUGGUGUAACUGAGGUUCUAGAAUCCAUCCCAUAAGCACCUAGUAAUGUAUGAAAACAAUCUUGUAAUAAUUCCAUGUGUACUGUACAUUUUAUAAAAUGUUUCCUGUUAUAGAAAUGUCAUUCUAUUUUUUAUCCUUUGUUGUUGGUGAGGUUUGGCACUAUUUAUUUAAAACUAUGCCAUUACAUGUUUGUUUUCUUUAAAAUGAACCUGUUAUAUUUCUAAGGAGAAUGGUCUGACUUACACCCCCUUUUAUUUCAGUACUACUACAGUAUUAAUGUGUUUCAUGACUGAACUUUGUGCUUUGAAUGACAUUGCAUUAAAAUCUCAUCUACUAUCUUGAAAGCUCCCCUGCUGUGCAGUAGCCUAAUAAAAAUAAAGCAUAGAGAUAUCAAUUAUAGUGUAAAAA